AUGUCCAUAUUCCAUGCUAGCUACACGGCUCAUGUUGGUGCCAGAAAUACAGUUAAAAUUUAUAGCAUAAGAAAACAAUUUCCCGACUCACUUCCAGAACCUGGGUCACAGCAGCAAACGUUCGUGGUCCCCCGGCCACCACAUCAGCCCCUGCAAAUGCCAAAGAUGAUGCCAGAAAGCCAGUAUGCAUCAGAACAGAGAUUUCAGCGACAGCUGUCUGAACCCUGCCACCCCUUCCCUCCUCAGUCAGGAGUUCCUGGAGAUAAUCGCCCCAGCUACCACCGACAGAUGUCGGAGCCUAUUGUCCCCGCUGCUCCCCCACCCCUUCAGGGAUUCAAGCAGGAAUACCAUGACCCACUCUAUGAACAUGGGGUCCCUGGGAUGCCUGGUCCUCCAGCACAUGGGUUCCAGUCACCAAUGGGAAUCAAGCAGGAACCCCGAGAUUACUGCGCCGAUUCAGAAGUGCCUAACUGCCAGUCGUCCUACAUGAGAGGAGGGUAUUUCUCCAGCAACCAUGACGGAUUCACGUAUGAAAAGGACCCCAGGCUAUACUUCGAUGACACCUGCGUGGUGCCCGAGAGACUGGAAGGCAAGGUCAAGCAAGAUCCCACCCUGUAUCGAGAGGGGCCCCCUUACCAGAGGCGAGGCUCUCUUCAGCUGUGGCAGUUCCUUGUCACCCUUCUUGAUGACCCAGCCAAUGCCCACUUCAUCGCCUGGACUGGCCGAGGCAUGGAAUUUAAGCUGAUAGAACCGGAAGAGGUUGCUCGGCGUUGGGGCAUCCAGAAGAAUCGGCCAGCCAUGAACUAUGACAAACUGAGCCGCUCGCUACGCUAUUACUAUGAAAAGGGCAUCAUGCAGAAGGUGGCCGGGGAACGGUACGUCUACAAAUUUGUCUGCGACCCCGAUGCGCUUUUCUCCAUGGCCUUCCCAGACAAUCAGCGUCCCUUCCUGAAGGCAGAGUCAGAAUGCCCCCUCAACGACGAGGACACCCUGCCACUGACUCACUUCGAAGACAACCCUGCUUACCUCCUGGACAUGGAUCGCUGCAGCAGCCUCCCCUAUGCUGAAGGCUUCGCUUACUAAGUUUCCGAAAUGGCUGAGUGGCCAAACCCUAGAGCUAGCAGUCCCCAUUCAGGCAAAUGAGGGCAGUGGUUUUGUUUGUGUUCUUGGCUGUUCCUAAAGCUUGCCCUUUGAGUAUUAUCUGGAGAACCCAAGCCAUCUCUGGAUUGACACCCUUAAAGACAAAUAACCUUGGCUAGGGAGUGGGGACAGGGAGAGACAGAAAAACCACUACGUGACUGGUGAUUCUGAGAUUUGGUGAGAAGAGAUGAAAGUGGAGCCUCCUUGCCAUUGUGGACAACAUGUGCAGAGCAGUCCCUUGUUCAGAUUAGUGCCCACGAAAGGGGGCCGAGUGUAUGACAAUCCACCAUGACCAUGGACUACUAAAUGCCUUUAUAUAGAAGGGCUUUGACUUGCACAAUUCUAUGGAAAGAAACCGCACACCCAUAGGAAAGUCGAAGGCUCGGUUGGGGAGGCUUGGAUCGUUAAGGCUUGAAAUUCACAAAACUCCUGGAGCUUAGUCUGAAAUGUGUUCCCCUUAGCCCAGAACUGGGGAGG